CCCACCGUGUCCCUACAGCCUCAUAGAAGGGGGGAGCUCGGUGCUGUGCCCCCCUCGCAUCCAGAGCCCCGCUGUGGGGCCACGGGGACAAGGUGUUCCCAUCCCCUGCCGUGGGCGCUGGCACUUCCUUGAGCCGCAGUGAUUGCGAAGGCGACGGUUUCCCAACCGAGCGGACGUGAUGCCAAACCACCAGCCCAGUGACAGAGGAGGAAGGACCAUCCCCAGGGAACUGAGCUGGCCGCUGGAGGAGCACCGGCGCCAUGGCACUGCUGGGUCACAUCCUGCCACCACCACUGCCGCUGCUGCUGCUGCUGCUGCCAUGCAGCCAUGCUGCACCGUGCCAACCGCAGCCCAACGCCACACGCUUCGUCUGCACGGAGCCCACCCUCAGCACCUUCCCCUCCGGACUUCCCCCCACCACCGUGGCCAUCUCAGUGGAGUUCACUGCUGUGGCCACCAUAUCCCCCGACGCGCUGGCCGGGCUGCCCCACCUGCAGGAGCUGCACCUCUCCUCCAACCGCCUGGCCGGGCUGCCCGAGGCCCUGCUACGACCCGUACCCACGCUGCGCACCCUCGACCUGACCGACAACCUCCUGCCCGACCUCCCUGCCGGCAUUUUCCAUCGCUCCAUCCACCUGCGGCACCUGGUGCUGCAAGGGAACCGCCUGCGGGCGCUGCGUCCCGCCUGGUUCGUGCACCUGACCCGGCUGCACUGGCUCAACCUGGCGGGCAACGCUCUGCUCGAGGUGCCCCCCGCCGCCCUCCGCCCGCUGCGCUCCCUGCGCAGCCUGGACCUGGCGCACAAUCGCCUGCAGCACCUCCCCGCCGACGCACUCGUGGGGCUGCGGGCGCUCGAGCGGCUCGACCUGGAGGGGAACCAGCUCCGUGCUCUGCCACCGUCCCUCUUCGUGCCCACGCCCGCUCUGAGCCUGCUCUUCCUGCAGAGCAACGCGCUGCAGGCGCUGCCCGAUGGCGUCUUCUCCCCGCUGCUCCAUCUCCGCGCCCUCGACCUGGCGCACAAUGAACUGCGGGCUCUGCAGCUGCCCCCGCGCUCCCCCGGCCCCCCGCUGUCCCUCGACAUCUCGGGGAACCCCUGGGCCUGUGAGUGCUCUCUGCUGGCGCUGCUCCGGGACGCGGCCCCGCAGCUCAUCGCUGCCCGUGACACGCGCUGUGCCAGCCCCACGCGGCGCAGGGGGCAGGAGGUGGCCGCUGUGAUCCAGGCUGGGGAUGAGGGCUGCCAACACGGAGGGGACGAGCAGAGUCCCCAGGAUCACUAGGCAAGGGGUUCAGUGCCGUGUCCCCUCCCUCUGGCUCUCCCGGGGAAACUGAGGCAGGGAGAGCAGGGCUGUCCCCAUCCCAGAGAUUCCCAUCCCCAUCCCAGUGGCUCCCAUCCCCAUCCUACCCUCUCUGUCCCAAAGGCCUCCAGCCCCACUUCGCCUGGUUCAUGCUGUCCCGUGUCCCAUCUUCCUGUCCCCAUCCUUACAAGACUGCAUUAAAUGGAGUCUCCUCGU